AUGGAGAUGUUUACAAAAACAUCUCCAUUCUUUUCUUUCUUGAUCAUUUCAUUCAUUUUUUUUCAAUAUUUUUCUAUUGUUUCUUCCAUAGGUGUUAACUAUGGCACCCUUGGAAACAACCUACCUUCACCAUCCCAGGUCGCUCAAUUCAUCAAAAACAAAACCAUAAUCGAUAAAAUCAAAAUUUUUGAUAUGAAUCUAGAUAUCAUACGUGCAUUUGCCAAUACAAACAUCUCAGUUACUGUCACAGUCCCGAACGGUGAAAUUCCCAAAAUGUUGGACAUAGGUUAUGCUAAAAGUUAUGUGGAGGCAAAUAUUAAACCUUUUUUCCCACAAACCAAAAUUGAUAUUAUUGCUAUUGGAAAUGAAGUUAUUCUUUUAGAAAAACAAGAAAUAUACAUGAAAUUAGUUCAAGCUAUGAAAACAUUUUAUCAAGCAUUAAUUCAAUGUGGAAUUAAUACAAUUAAAGUAUCAACACCAAAUGCUUUAGGAAUUCUUUCAAAAUCAAAAAUUCCAAGUACGGUAAAAUUUAGACAUGGUUGGGAUCAUAGUAUUUUAGUACCAAUGUUACAAUUUUUACGCGAAACAAACGGACCUUUUAUGGUAAAUCCAUAUCCAUAUUUUGUUUACGACCCAAAACAAGUCAAUUUUAUUUUAUUUAGACAGAAUAAAGGCAUUUUCGAUAGAUUUACUAAGAAAUUAUACACAAAUAUGUUUGAUAUGAUAUUAGAUGCUGUUUAUAUUUCAAUGAAAAAAAUUGGUUAUGAAGAUGUGGAAAUUAUGGUUUCUGAAACAGGAUGGUCUUCUUUAGGAGAAAAUUUUGAAAAAAAAUGUGGUGUAGAAAAUGCAAUUUCUUAUAAUAGAGGAUUAAUUAGGAAAUAUUUUUCUAGUGAGGGGACACCAUUAAUGCCAAAUAGGAAAAUUGAGAUAUAUAUUUUUAGUUUGUUUAAUGAAAAUAUUAAAAAAGGUAAUGCUUCUGAAAGGAAUUUUGGAUUAUUUAGGCCUGAUUUUACUCAAGUUUAUGAUAUUGGAAUUAUGAAAGGAGAGACAUUGCCAUUGCCAAUGCCCAUGCCACCUAAGGGUGGGGGGGAGGGGGGGGAGGGCCCAAGACUCCCGGCCCAUCCUCUUCCAAAGCCUGCAGAUUUAAUGGGCCGGAAAUUCUGCAGGCCCAAAGAAGAUGCUACAGAUGCACAAUUGCAGGCCAAUUUAGAUUGGGCCUGCACUAAUCAAGGUGUGGAUUGUGGCCCAGUUCAAGCUGGAGGCCCAUGUUUUGGCCCAAAUACUGUUAGGUCUCAUGCAGCCUUUGUUAUGAAUUCUUACUAUCAAAUCAAGGGCAAAAAUGACUUUAAUUGUGAUUUUUUGGGAUCUGGUGUCAUAAUCUUUGCUGAUCCAAGUUAUGGUACAUGCAAGUAUCUAUCUUGA